UGCUUCAUCGUCACUGUGGCUGAGGAUCUUUUGCUGAAUCGAAGAGCUACCCCGCCAAAGUGUCUGUUCAUUGAAUUCCAGCACCGUUGAAAUGGCGACUCAGACGAUUAACAAGGAUGCGAUCAGCAACCUUUCCUUUGUCCUCAACAAGCCCGGAGACGUCACCUUUGAGGAGCGCCCCAAGCCCACCAUCUCCGACCCCAACGAUGUCCUCGUCGCGGUAAACUACACCGGAAUCUGCGGCUCAGACGUCCACUACUGGGUGCACGGCGCCAUCGGACAUUUUGUCGUCAAGGACCCCAUGGUCCUGGGCCACGAGUCUGCCGGAACCAUUGUCGAGGUUGGCCCGGCCGUCAAGAACCUCAAGGUGGGUGACCGAGUGGCCCUCGAGCCCGGCUACCCAUGCCGUCGAUGCAACUUCUGCCGUGCCGGCAAGUACAACCUCUGCGCGGACAUGGUCUUUGCCGCGACGCCGCCAUACCACGGCACCCUGACCGGCCUGUGGGCGGCCCCCGCCGACUUCUGCUACAAGCUGCCGGACAACGUGUCUCUGCAGGAGGGCGCUCUGAUUGAGCCGCUGGCGGUGGCGGUUCACAUUGUCAAGCAGGCCCAGGUCCAGCCCGGCCAGUCUGUUGUGGUAAUGGGAGCUGGGCCCGUGGGCCUGCUCUGUGCUGCCGUGGCGAAAUCCUACGGCGCAACCAAGGUGGUCAGUGUCGAUAUUGUGCAGUCCAAGCUGGACUUUGCCAAGAGCUUCAGCUCGACGCACGCAUAUGUGUCUCAGAGAGUCUCGCCCGAGGAGAACGCCCAGGCCAUCAAGGAGCUUGCAGACCUGCCCAUCGGCGCCGACGUCGUCAUUGAUGCCAGCGGCGCGGAGCCCUCAAUCCAGACGAGCAUACACGUCGUUCGCAUGGGAGGCACUUAUGUGCAAGGUGGUAUGGGCAAGAACGAGAUCACAUUCCCCAUCAUGGCCAUGUGCUUGAAGGAGGUGACGGCCCGGGGAUCGUUCCGUUACGGUGCUGGAGAUUACGAGCUUGCUGUUGAGCUUGUCAGGACUGGCCGUGUUGAUGUCAAGAAGCUGAUCACGGGUAUUGUCAGCUUCAAGCAGGCGGAGGAGGCAUUCCAAAAGGUCAAGACGGGAGAGGCUAUCAAGAUUCUGAUUGCCGGACCCAACGAGAAGGUCUAAGUCAUGAAUGUGCUAGGAUAAAGGAAAAAAACCACACAAUGCACAAAAAAAGUUUAAAAAUAAAGAUUUCAAUGAAAUUAAAGGAGAGCCGGGAAAAAAGUAAAUAAUAUGAGC